AUGGCGACUUGGCUGAGUGGUGAGUUUUGUACACCGAAGCGUCUCACCGGAAUCCACUAUCCUCAGUGUCGUAUGGCGAUGGUGAAUGACCCGUCACCGCUAGUGUCAAAUUGCAGCUCCGUCUGUUUCCUCGCCAAGAACCUGUGUCUUGUGCGUCAUGGCAACACUCUGUAUGCGGGUCACUUUGUGGCCUACCAGUUACAAAUAGAGAGUGGUGUUGAAGGCGCCAUUGCAAAUGAGUGGAUCCCCAGCUCUGACCGAUACGUCGACCUGAUCCCCUUUACCAGUGUUCAGGAAUGCCAGGUGCAAAAUUGUUUGGCUGAGGCAGGAGGGGGAUCAAAUCCUAGCACAAGGCUCUUUCCUUUUAUCCCCACUAUAGGUCUGUAUAGUUUUUCCCUGAUGCAACGCACGCCUCCACAUCCACUGAAUCCAAGACUGAUGGGGAAGGAUGAGCUUCCGGAAAAGGAGACUAAGCUAAAGUGA